CCGCAGCGCUCAGUCCACGCCGAGACGCGGCCGCGCGAGCACCAUGGCGCCCACCACCACAGUCACAACCACCGUCGCCAACAAUGAUGAGGACCCCUUCCCGUACAUGCGGCCCAGCGCGCUCGGCAAGUGGGAGUCUUUCAAGCUCGAGAUCUGGAACCCGUCCACCAAGCAGUUCCUCGGCAGGACCGCCAAAAGUUGGGGUGGUAUCGUACUGUUUUACCUGAUCUUCUAUGCUGCACUGGCAGCAUUUUUUGCGGUCUGCAUGCAGGGACUCCUUUACUGCCUAGAUGAUCACUCACCAAAAUGGCAAGGCAGCCAGUCUCUAAUUGGAACCAAUCCAGGAAUGGGCUUCAGACCAAUGUCAAGGGACAUUGAACAAGCUGGCUCACUUAUCUGGUACACAGCCAACAAUCAGACUGAUGUAGAUUAUUGGGUAGAAAUUCUAAAUGAAUUCAGUGCACCUUACUACAAUGAAACUUUGAAGCAGACACUAAUGCACUGUGACUAUGAUCGUCCUAUUAUGGAUAAAAAAGGCUGCAUUGUGGAUACCAGUACAUGGGGAGACUGUAGACCUGAAAUGGGAUACAGCUACAAUCGUUCACGUCCAUGUUUCUUCAUUAAACUUAAUAAGAUAUAUGGCUGGGCACCAGAAUUUUACAAAUAUGAUUAUGAACUUCCGGAGCAGAUGCCAAAUGACUUGAAACAACACAUAAAAAAUAUUAACAAGACUGACCCAAAGCAGUUAAAUACAAUAUGGGUAUCAUGUAGAGGUGAAAAUCCAGCAGAUGUGGAAACCAUUGGGCCCGUUAAAUAUGUGAGUGGCUAUGGAUUGCCUGGGUAUUAUUUUCCCUUUAAAAACCAGGAGAACUAUCUUACCCCUGUUAUUGCAAUCCAGCUUACAAAUGCAACAAAACAUGUGUUGAUUAAUGUUGAAUGCAGAGCUUGGGCAAAGAAUAUCAUUUACUCUAAAGUGAAAGGUGAACGAGAAGGUUCAAUGCAUUUAGAACUAAUGAUGGACUAGCACCGUCUCCAGUACGGCUAUAGCAAGUUUGUGCCUAUUUUCUGCAGUUUUUGGUCCACUGAGAAGAUAUGUGCCAUUGUUUUCUGUAGUGGCAGAAGUCAAAACAAAUCUGCCAUGAAGAUAUAAUGAGGACUGCUUUAUCUGUGCUUUAACAAUAGAUAUUUCUGUGAGAGUAAUCAAGUUAGAAGUGUUGAAAAGUGCAUUUUUAGUGGGGAAAAUCAAAAACUCAUGAAUGAACCUGAUAUAUUGAUUUUUUUUUUUUUGUCACUUUGAUGCACAAGGAAUUCCAGUCAGAAGAGAAUUAAAAUUAUAUUUAUACUGAGUAUAUCAUAAUUUUUUCGCUUCUGUGUUUUAACUGUUCACAUGUUUGUGAAAAUAAUUAACAGAUUUAAACAUGAUUUGAGAAGCUAUUUAAAUGAAACACAAAUGUUUGGAAAUCAGCAGUACAAAUUUGUGGCUACUAUUGAGGACUGCACAAAAUUGUCAGGGGCAGGUCCGUGUGAGAAAAAAUAUGUUUGUGUGAUAUUUAAGAAAAAAAGUAGAUGAUAAUUUAAUACAUAGACACUUAUUGCCUUUUAUUUGCAUGCUAAGUGUAUAUAUUUGAAAUAUAUUAUAAAACUGUGAAGUAAAUAAUU